AAGAGGAAGUGCAAAACACAUUCGGGAUGGCUUUGAUAUCAAAAAAUAGACUCGGCCUGUGCAGUGAAUGCCGCCAAAGGCAGGUAGGAUAAAAGAUAGUGAAUAAACAGAGAAAACAACUGGAGGCAGACCUUAGGGCGAGAGGGGUGCAGCUAAGCAGCGCGGAGAACAGAAGCCUCUGGGCACAAGUAGCAAGACAGAAGCCAGAGCUUCAGCGUUCAACAACAGGAACAACAGGAACAGUUGGCCGAACACUAACAAUCCAACAACUAGCUAGACUGGCGGGUAGAUCUCGUCUGGGAAAUCUUAGGCAGCUCGCCGAAUAGAUUCAAAUCAUCAAACAGAGAAAACAAAUAGCAUGUCCUGACCGUGACACAAUCCGAAUGACCACUUUUGUGGCCUCGUGAUAUGCCGCUCGUGUGACGUAAAAUCUCGACGCCGUCCGCGUCGUUGAGGCUGGAGAUUGGACCGAUCGUUGGGUAGAGCAGUACGUAGCCUGCACACUACAAUCCUUGGCAAAAUGAUUGUAAGGACACAAUCAGUGCAGCAGGGAGUGUAAGCUGACCGCUUGCCGGCGUCAGUGUGAGGAACACUCGAGCUCUCCGUUUCCUCAUCAGUACAACCAAGUACCAAAGCAGAAAGUUAGAGUGGUCUUUCUUGGACGAGCGGGUGCCGAAUGUAAACGAGGGCGUCGCGUUCUUCAGCACUUACUGUGGUGCUCGUGCUCAAUUUCAAGAACAGAUAAUCUGUACGGAGACAGAACGAGGGACUCCAGAAGCGACUUCUACAACAACACUCUCUAGAACGCAAGAAAAGUGAAGAGGCUUCGCAUCCAGUUGUACGACUAGAAGAACAUCUGAAGAAAUUUUAAUACCUUAAUUAGACUAGAAGAUACUUCUCUUGAACCUCUGGCAGCAAGACCAAGAGUCGCAAGAUGGGGAAGCAAGACGCUGGUGGUGGCAAUGGCGUGGCGAAUAAGGAGAACAGGGAUCCGGGUGUGGCGCAGGUUGGAGGAAGCAAAGCCAAUACCGGUUUCGAGUUGCUAUUCGGGGAGAUCUUUGUGGAAACAAGUAGUGGAGAUUUGGGCUUGCAGGUGAAAGAUUAAGGCUCUCAAAAUAGAUGAUUCAUUUACAUUGAUUUUCAUCACGCGAUUAAUAUUUGGUUCUUCUUCAUUAAUUAUAGGACAACUCCACACACACACAAACUGAAAAUUUCGUCCAGACACAUGCUGCAGCGCUGUCCUGUAUUCGGGGCUGUUUCGUCUCAUGUGGAACUUUUUUGACUAUCUAAGGUUUACCCGCUUAUAGGUCUGCUUUAGCAGGUUUAGGCUAGCGCUCAAGGCCGAUAGAACUUAAAGAUAUGCUCGUGCAUAUAUUUUUUGAGCUUUGCUCCUUUUCUACGCAUUAGGUAAGGCGUUCCUGUCUCGUUCUACUUGAUAGAUAAUAGGUUUCUUUUUGUACUUCUCUGAAGGCCUACAACAUGAUUACUGGUUCUGCUUUAUUAAGGUCCGCGAUUGGUUCCUCUUUAUUACGGUCAGACUCCUGUCUCUCAAGUAGAAUUUGAUAAAGGGAUUUAACCUCUGAUAAAUGUGGGACCUACGACGUGGGAAGUGAUUUCAUCAGAGACCACACCUCUAAGACGAUGGGCCAUUGUUGCGGUGUCACACACCAGCGUUGGCGAGAAUCCCUGGAUUUCUAUCACAACUACGGUCGAAGUUGAAGCCACUGCCUUUGCAUAUCGAGAAAGCACCAAGAAAUACCUUAAUAUGGCUCAGAAAAAAAGGCCUAAGGAGGAUAGCAGGUACUUACUCCAACAUACAAUAAAUUUGGUUUCUAAUAAUUGUACCACUUUAAGGUAUUGUUUAAAGAUUCUGUGUGAUUAGAAACACGCUGCUAUUUUUCGUUGUAACCUGGUAUACAUUGUUGAGUACCUCAGCAAUUCAAGAAAACAACAGAGCAAAUCCAAUUUGCGAGUUUUGCGGAAGAUAGGUAUACAAGGGGAACAGACGUAGUGGAACGAGGUGGCUGGACGACCUGCGAUCCCUUGAGUGGCACAAGAGGCGGUUUUCAGAGAAAGGACAACUUACGACUGGCAGAACGAUAUGAGAUAAGUGAAGACAUCGAAAGGACAGUCGAAUUGUUGCGAUUCGUGUACUAUUUAGUAGUUGUACUCUGUAGAUACUAGAGUGUUUUAGCGUGUUCUGAUUUAAAGAAAGACGAUUUUAGACCUGGACAUCGCUCUUGUUCGUUGCAAAGUCAAAGACUCAAGAACCGCAGGAAAUGUAUCAUCCCGCCGAUGGCUUCGUAUAGUCGUUUGGGAUGUAGUAUGAUGAUCUACCACAUCGAUCGUCAUACAAAAAUGACAUAGGUACCUCGACCAGAUCGAGUUCAUGUCCAUGAAGCCAGACACGGACGAGGGGAAGAAGAAGUUACUAGGGCAGAUGGUGGACAUGCUUUUCCUAGCAAAUCGUUUUGCAGUGGAUCAACUUUUUGCGCGACUAAUGCGCUGGUUCCCUACGCAUUGUCGCACAACAUGCGGAGACGGGGCAUUCUGCGACGCCUAUUACAAAAUUCAAUACUACUGGCAGUAUUCGGUGGAGGUAAUUAAGUUUAUAGAAACUUGCAUCACUAUGACGCCGCGCGGCAGUCUGCACUGAAAACUGUGCGAGACUUAUUGUAUUGUAGUGUAUUGUAUAACCGGCAGCGUUUGUUCAAUCUUCAUAAUUCCACUCUCUCGCAGCUCUGUCCGUGAUCCAUCUGAUGAAUGCUCAGAAACGAGCAGUCUUCUUUUUCCUACCAUAUCACGAUACUCUAUUGGAAUCCUAAACCCAGUAUUACCAUCUUACGAUACUCUAUCGGAAUCCUAAGCCCCCUUAUUUUUUCCAUGUUCCGAUACUCAAUUAACCCUUACGAUACUCUAUCGCGGGUUUCGGCUUAUAUGCUAUGCGUUCUUCCAAUAUUGUAAAAGUUUUCUAGGAACCGUUAUUCCGGAAUCUGAUGAAAACGACGCUAGUGGGUAUGGGAUGCGUGAGAACGAAUUUUCAGCUUCUAUCUUGGGACGAGAGGUGGACAGGCUUGCCAAUGGGCUUUUUGCAGUUGCUCCUGGAUCAUGAUGACUUGGUGUUGCUAGUAAUUGUGAUUUGAUGUUGUCACAUGUCUAUUGAUGACUUGGCAUUGCUAGAAGUAGACUUGAUUUAAGGGUACAAGAAAUCCAUCUUCACUGUCAUCUUGGUCCCGUUUUUAAAGGGAAAAGGAGACCCAAGAUGCUGCUGAAGAUGGAUCUCCAUUAGUUCUAGUUGAUGUUGUCACCUGUCUAAUGCUAUGAUAUAUUGAGGCUUGAUGUUGAUGUUCUACGUGUCCAAGGCAUGUUGGCAUCUCUUGAAUUUUCUGCUUUCUCCAGAUAAAUCUCUCAAUGCCAACAUAUAGACUAUCGAGUCAAUCCUUCUUCAUGAAAAUACUCACCAAAUCUCUUGACAAAUAGGCCAUCACAUCCGAAGCGGAAAUUUUAGUGUUGAUAGAACGAUGGAACGCGAAUCGUGAUAAAGAAGCUGAGGAGGUCUACGACAUCUGCUGUUGUUAUAGGCAGUCUGCUGAUAAUAUUGAGUUAGGGUGAGGCCGAUGCUUGUUGAUUUUCGUCAAUCUUGCAGUAAAUAAUAGGCGUUGUAAAAAGGAGUAGGAAUCUAGUAGUCUUUUUAUGUCUGCUAUCCGAUCCCCAUCCUCUCGUAUCAUAUGUAUCCUAUUCUCGUUUCUCCUAUCCUACCAACCUGUAUCUUAGUUCACGUCACUUCUGCUCUAAUCAUCGCCCUGGUUUUCUUUUUGUCGAACUUGGGUUUACUUGAGACGCAGACGGGCAAGAAGGACGAGGAGGGGGAGAAAAAGAAGAAGAAAAAGGAGGAAAACGUCAAUCGCGAAGACGCAAUAAAAGCCGGACAAAUUGCGAAACUCUUCCAGGUUUUACCCAGAAGAAAUCAGAAGCCAUUACGUGGAAGGUUUGAGAAGGAGAAGAGGAAGAGGAGUAUUUCAUAUUUUUGACGUUUUGUGGUUGUGACUGUGAGUACUUUAUUCUAGUAAAGAAGAUGAUUGAUCAUGAAGUUCUUCUGUUCACAUCCCAUUAUAGGAGAUAACCUACAGGCAAAGAAAAGUGGACUCGAGUUUGAGACUUCUCCUCUCUCGAUAGCGAUAACUACUUUGAGAAGAUUUCAUCGCUCCACUCCCCCAUUAGGAGAAGCCGCAAUAGCUGCAGCUAAAGCAGAAGAAGGUGGCAGUCCAUCAGCCGCUAGUCCCUCGGCUGCUAGUCCUGGAACAGCAGCUAGUCCUGAGGCCUCCAUAGCAGGUGGCGCCGACGCAGCAGACGACCUAGCAGCAGCACUAGCCAGUGUGGAGCAGACGAACCAGGCAGUCGAUGUAGAAGUGGACGAUGAGGACCUUGGUAGUACUUUGUCAAAAGUGUAAGUAAGAGUGACUAGAGUAGGAGUAAAGAGUAGCAGUAAGAGUGUCUAAAGAGACGCAUGAGUAAAGAGUAGGAGAGCUUACCCUCUUCCACUGGGCUGGCGAAGAGUAGUUACCAGAUUUAAACAAAAAUGGACGAUGAGGAUCUUGGUAGUUCUUUAGAAUCACGUUCGUUCUCAGAUUGCUUUCCAGUAACUUGAUAGGUGACGAUAGUCACAGAUCUCCGUUCACGGAGUCGCAUGAUUCAUUGACAAGAGCAUUGUUGAACUUCAAACAGGGUCCACUAGAAAGCAUACUUUUCUCUCUGUUGGUGUUCCUUCUACUGAGUAAUCUCAUGGAGUAUAAGUGAUUGUCGGUUUGCACGGGGGAAAUUUGGUACGGACGAUUCCGAAAAAGAACAAGGAAAUCAGAACCAUUCGGUCUACUAUCUGAUAGGUGUUGAACUUCAAACAGGGCCCACUAGAAAGCUAUGCUUUCUAGUUUUAGGACCCUGUUGACAUUAGUGCCAGCUUUGAACUCUUCCGGUGGUUUACGUCUGAAGUUAGUGUGGGAGUGUUUCAUUUUCCUUUAGGCUGAGUGGAUUUCGUUUUCGUAGAAGAGGCAUUCUGGUUUAAUGAUAGCAGACGCUAAAUAAUUCACCCCACUACAUUUGAUUCUUCACUCUCAACAGACGCCUUCAUGGUGAUCCGCAAGGACAGCGAUAGUGGCAAAUUCGUAGCAGGAGGCCGGGGACUGGGUUUCACGGUGCAAGCAGGCGAAACCAUGACGCAGAUAGUAUCUAUCCGGGAUCCUGGUCAGUACCGUAUCCGAGUUGCGAUGUCCCAAAAGCUAGCGAAUUUGUGGAUUCCCGCGCAUACGUGCUUCGUUGGCUUGGUUUACAUUAUGGUCAUCAGCAUUUAGUUCAUUCAUCUCUUCCAGGGUCUUGGUACUUCCCAGUAGGUACCCUUUAUUUCCCUCGGAAGGCGGCGGGGGGGGGUACCAAGAUGAAAGGGUCUUCUAGACGGAUCCAACAGGCACGCUCUAACUACAACGAUGCCUGCUUUUGCGGAUACCAAGUGCAGGCCAGCGACUUCUUAGGCAUUUACGAGUUGCGGUGUAUGACGAGCGUGAGUGCGAAGCCAGAGAAACCAGUUUUUUUGACGGGUAGCGGGACAAAAGUAGAUUUCGACUUGGAUCUGUGCGUCGAUAUGAAACUGGUCAACGGCAUUGUCGGGUGCAAGUUCCAAGUGAUGGCAAACAGCAUUUCGCUAACGAUGGAUGAAAUACAGGUAUACUAUAAUGAGAAUAGCAAGCGAACACCUUUACCUCAUGAUUGAAGAGGAGCGAAAAGCUUUUACUUGCUCGGUGUAGUUGUAGUACAGAAAUUUACUUCAUCGUAGAGAAGGAAGAGAUGCAGGUUGUGUUUUUUUCUAAAAAUUUUUCCGACACUAUAACAUCUUCAGAAAAUAUUGAUCUUUUUUACAGCAUGAAGGAUAUCAUCACUAGAAAGUUAGUCUAAGUUAAUCAAGCACUAAAGUAGACGAGCCGUUUAGUUUUCACCUCUAUCCCUAGGCUUAUUCCUUCAAACGAUAAGUUAAUACAUGUCGCACUCCCACAACAUACCUCCACUACUACACCAGGUCUCCAGCAAGUGCAUGAAGGAAGGUGGUUUACGCUUCCAGAUUGUACCGAUGGGCUUGGAUCACAAGGAGCAGAUGGAUGUCCGACUAACCUGGAUUAUGGGGAAUGGAAAUUUGAGACCAGCCCCGUGAGAGGCGUUACUCUGCUGCUAGCCUACAGCUCUGAGAGGUGUCUUGAUAUGAUGGCGACUCUCCUAUUUUGUACAUACAACUCCGGGAUCUAGGAGGUGUGGGUCUCCUCCUGUUUGUGUUGCUACUUGUUAUCAGUUAGAUGUAUAACACUUGUCUUGUCAUCAAUGUCUAAUUUAUUUUCUUUCAACAUCGUUGAUAUUCCAACUACUCAUUUGUCUAAGUUUACUUCACACAAAGGAUUUUGAUAAUUCCACACCACAUGAUGCGUGGACAAGGUUACCUGUCGGGAGCUUCAAAUGAAAAUUAUGUAUGUCGGGCUUGAUUGUGUGCUGCUAACCUAGGUAUUCUGGCUACAGGUUUUAGCUAUACACCACGAUGAUUCUUGUGCUCUAUCCACGCACGCGCAGCAGUAGCAGAUGUUGCUUGUACAGAGGUGACUACUUUUAAGCCGAGAACACUAAGCAAUAUUUUGGAUGCCAAUAAACCAACUCGCAAAUGCACAGGCAAAGCCAUGUCAUAGCUCUCGUCUUGCACAACACAACACUCUCGUGUUGCUUCUCUCGAGACAGAUAUCCAUGAUGUGUCAUAUCGCUAAUCCUAGAUCGCAUCAGAUACCAAGACAUCUUACUCAACAACUUUCAUCAAGGCCCCGUUAAUGAAUUGUCCUCAGCGCUAUCCAAUCCCCGUGAUAUCUAUAGCUACAAAUGAAACGCUUCUGUUGCUAAAUGUUUAAACUCUGAGGUUCUUGUUAAAAUUCUAACAAACUUCUGAUACUUAUCUUUUUCCACCUCGCUAGAAUGCAUAGUAGUACUCAUCUCAUACCUGUUAUUACCAGCGCAUAUCCUGCUCACGCCGGUGCUUAUCCACCUGCUUGCGACCUACCCUCAUUUCCUCCAAAUUCAAUGAACCUCCAAAUUCAAUGAACCUCCAAAUUCAAUGAACCUCCAAAUUCAAUGAACCUCUAAUUUCAACAAGAGAAUGAAUCGCAUGCUGCAUGCACCUUUGCUGUAUGCACCUUUCCUGUGUCAACAUAAAAUGCAAAGAAAACACGCUGUCGGACAUAAAAUGCAAGUCUCCUAGGUUGAGGUGAUGGAGGAG